AACGUUUUGUUGAUCUUGAUGUCUUGAUCACAUAUCACAUGUUGAUUCCCUUGCCCUUCGUCCAGUUCCAGUUUAUCUUUAUAAAUUAUCUUGACAUUGCACUAUCACUAUUUUUAUAGUAGGUACAUAUUACCAAUUUACCAAAUAAUUUUUAGGUUUUUAUGCAUAAAACCUGGUUUAAUAAAAUGGAAGUAAAACAAGAAUUUGGUGAAGGCGAAGGCACCUGUAAAAUAGAAAUAUUUUCUAAUGAACCCGAUGAUGUUCUUGUAGAUAGCUUUAAAAAUGAAAUUAAAGAGGAGCCCUGUAGUGAUAGCGCAGAUAGUGAAGUUGACUUAAAUCAGUGCUUCUUAAAGACUAAAAUCAAAGGUGAAAAUAAACUUUUGCCAUUUGAAGAAAAACAAACAAAGGAAAAGGGCUUUUCCCAAGAUGACACUUUGGAAGUUACGAAACCAAUAGACUUACAUUUAUGCAAUAAAGAAAAAACUACGGGCCGACCUUCUCAAGAAAAAACAGUAAAUUGUGAAAUAUCUGCAAAGCAUUUUGCUACAAAAAAUGAUUUCAAUCAACACAUGAAAAUUCAAUCUGGAGAUAGACCGUACAAUUGUGACAUUUGUUUUAAGCAGUUUUCUCAGAAAGUUCAUUUGAAAACACAUUUGAGAUUGCACACUGGAGAAACGCCUUACAAGUGUGAAAUAUGUUUGAAGCAGUUCACUCAUAAAAUUUCUUUAAAUACGCAUAUUCAAAUUCACGCUGGAGAAAAACAAUACAAGUGCGAAAUUUGUUUUAAGCAGUUUACUACAGCAAGUCGUUUGAAAACACAUUUAAGAGUGCACACUGGAGAAAAACCUUACCAGUGUGAAAUUUGUUUUCGACAGUUUUCUGAUUCAACUUAUUUAAAACGACAUAUAAGACGGCACAUAGGAGAAAAACCGUACAAGUGUGAAAUUUGUUUUAAGCAGUUUACUCAAAGAAUUUCAUUAAAUGAACACUUAAGAAUUCACACUGGAGAAAAACCAUACAAGUGCGAAAUUUGUUUUAAACAGUUUACUAAAGCAGGUAACUUGAAAAGUCAUACGAGAUUGCACAUUGGAGAACAAUUUUACAAGUGUGAAAUUUGUUGUAGACAGUUUACUCAAAGACAUUCAUUAAAAGAACACAUGAGAAUUCACACUGGUGAAAAACCAUACAAGUGUGAAAUUUGUUUUAAACAGUUUAUUAAAGCAAGUAAUUUGAAAACACAUUUGAGAGUGCACACUGGGGAAAAACCUUACAAGUGUGAAAUUUGUUUUAAGCAGUUCAGACAAAAAAUUGCUUUGGAUGCACAUAGAAAAAUUCACACUGGAGAAAAGCCUUACAAGUGUGAAAUUUGUUUUAGGCAGUUUACUCACAGAAAUUCAUUACAUCAACACAAGAAAAGUCAUAUGAGAUUGCACACUGGAGAAAAACCAUCAUCAGUGGUGUCACAGCUCUUUAUGAGCCAAAGCCUUCUUCAGAACAAUCCUCCAUUCGCCCCUGUCUUAGGCAACUCUUCUCCAUGAUCUAAUUCCAAUACAGUACAAUUCCUCUUAACCGGUCACCUCGGGACUUCAUACCUGGCCGGUUGCCGUUUUGGCCGGUUAAUCCGAAGUGUACUUUACUUGCAUACAUAUGUACAUAUAAAAAAAUUAAGAAGUAUUUUUUAGAUAUUUAUGUACAUAUUUCAUAUGUAUUUACAUACAUUAAUGUGCUACAUACAUCAACAAAUAUGUACAAGUUUAAAAAGUAAUUAUUUUUAAAAAAGUCCGUAAUUUUCUUCUGCUUUUUAACCUUCAGUGAAUUUCUGUAUGCGACAUCCCUCCAUUUUCUAAUCACCAAAACAUCUAAUGCUGUUGACUCAUGUUGCUGCUCAAUGUAUUUUAAUGCAAUUUCCAUUGCAUUUUUGGCUUCUUCGUGAGAAACCGUUUCCUCUCCUUCAACCUCACUACUCUCAUCAUAUUCCUCUGGUUCUUUGGUUGCUACAUCUAUAAUUUCGUUAUCAUUCAAAAAUUCAUUUUCAAGCUGAUCAUCACAGUUUAUCAUCCAAUUUUCCACAUCUUCUGGCUGUAAUGCUUCGUUACCCGAUAACUUUUGAAGGUCUUGUAGAGUGGAUUUGUUUUCUUCUUCUUCAGUCCCUGCAAUAUUCGAGAUCACAACUAGAUUCUCAACAUCUGGCCAAAGUUUUCUCCAAGAUUUAACAAACGUUGAAGAGGGCAUUUCUUGAAAUGCUGUAGCUAACAUAUAGAUAACGUCCUUGAUAUUGAUAUUUUUGAUGACUUCUAAAAGACUUUUGUCUUCACUCUCCGAAUGUUGCAGAAUUUCAGAAACAAGUUUACGCCUGUAUCGUCUCUUUAAGCUUUCGAUCACUCCUUGGUCCAUCGGUUGCACUAAGCUUGUCACAUUUGGAGGAAGAAAAACUAAUUUUAUGUCAUCUACAUCGCAGUCAUGAGGAUGGGUUGGAGCAUUGUCUACCACUAGAACUGCUUUGAUAGGCAAGUUUACACUUUUUAAACGUUUUUUAACUUUUGGAACAAACUCUAAAUUAAACAAGUCUGAAUUCAUCCACGCUGAUUUUUGUGACGUAUAAUAGACCGGAAGGGAAGAUGGAUUCAAGUUUUUGAAUGCCCGUGGUUUAGCAGACUUGCCAAUAACGAAAAGAGGAAUUUUGUGAGUCCCUGUUGCAUUCGAACAAACGGCCACUGUAGUACGUUCUUUGUUCUUUGUAAAGCCAGAAGCAGACUGUUCAUGACUACCUAGAAAAGUUGUUUCUGGUAACAUUUUAAUGUUUAGCCCGGUCUCGUCCAUAUUAUAAACUGGUUCUGGAGAUAAUUUCUCUGUUUCAAUCAUUUCACCAAACUUAAUCUUGAAUUCUGUCGCACCAGAAGAAUCAUCAGACAGUUUUUCUCCACUUACGUGUGCGAAAUGAAUUCCGUGUGCUUCUUCCAUCGAUUAAGCCAACCAUCACAUGCCACAAAUUCGCCUCCAUUAUUAAUCUUCUGGUGGAUAGCCAAAGCUUUUUCUUUCAAAAUUGGGCCGCCAAUCAGUGUACCUCUUCGACGUUCCUGAAGAAACCAGAUCCACAAAGCUUCAUCGACGACCUCGCAAAUCGAUUUUUUUCUCGUACAACGGCUACCCAGAUUUUUAUCAGAUUCCAUUUUCGAGCAAAACUCCUCAAUGGACCGUCUAUCUCUUCGCCAGUCAUUUACAGUGCUUUUUCCAACAUUAAAUUCUGCACAUAUUUUCGCCACGGAUUCACCAUUAUCAAUCCGCUUUAGCACUUUUAAACGUGUCUCCAUCGAAACCACAAUUCGUUUACGCUUUGCACUCAUUGGGAAAGUAUGUUAUGUACGUGCGUACCCACAGCAGAAACAAACCAAACUGAUCAAAACGACAAGUACACAGUUUAUCGAACGUCGCGAAAACACGUCCACACUCCACACACUAAAGUCGAUUGACUGCUCUUUCAUGUUUGCCGUCGGUUACCGUCCGGGGAAGCCGAAUCGCCUCGCCGCGCCGGUGAAUUUCUUGGCGUUCGGCUGUUGUAAACAGGCCGGUUAAUCCGUUGACCGGUUAAUGCGAAGCCGGAAUUAUACUGUAGAUUAUAAAUCAUUGUUCAAGUUGUCUUGGUACCUAAGUCUCGGUCUUCCUCUUUCUCGUUGUCCUAUCGGUCUUCUUCGGUCAAAAACUUUUCUGACUAUGGCACCUUCCUCUCGCCUGAUUACAUGCCCUAUCAAUUUAAGGCGUGCUACCUUAACGAAUUUUACACCUUAAGGUUCUCCAAAACUUCUAUAAAACUGAAAGUUGUAACGACUGCGCCACAAACCUUGUUCGUUUAUCCUCCAUAUAUUCUUCUUUUUUUCGAUUUUUCGCUCGAAACGUUUGAGCAGUUCUUGGUCAUUUUGUGUAAGUGACCAAGUUUCUGAACCAUAUGUUAGCACUGGUCUCAUUAGUGUUUUAUAGAUAGUCAAUUUAAUUUUUCUAGGUAGUUUUAAGGCCAUCUGUUUUCUUGAGCCAUAGUUACACUUAUUGACGAGCACUAUUCUUUUAAUUUCUUCACUGACAUUGAUAUUUUUAGGUAGCAGCGAGCUUAGUUAUAUGAACGUGGCGACACCUUCGAGUUCUAGGUCGUCAAUUAUUAUUCUUGUAGGUGUCGGGUUGCUUGCCCUAGUGCAACACAUAUAUGUAUUUGGUCUUUUGAACAUUUAUAUUUAGUCCCAUUCUCUGUGCAGAUGCUCUUAACGCAAUGCUUCAGUCAGAGCUUCUGUGAACCUGUCUAUGUUCUCUCCGAGAAUUUGUACUGAUUUGUUUAGAUAGUACCAUUCGUAUUAAUCUGGGAGAAAAAUCAGUUCAUUCAAGCAAAUAAUUUGAAAUAACAUUUGAGUGUGCAAACUUGAGAAAAGCCUUACAUAUGUGAAAUUUGAUUUAAGCAGCUUUCUCGGUCAAAUCAUUUGAAACGACUUACGAGAUUACAUACUGGAGAUACUCUAAAUGAUACAGCUAUCAAAUAUAACAACAACCCCAAAUAUCUAGGCCUCAUACUUGAUAGAACACUCACCUUCAAAAGUCAUCUUACAAACGCAGCCGGUAAACUGAGAACAAGAAUCUAUAAUAACAAAACUUGCUGGAACAACUUAAGGCACUUCUGCACACACACUUCGGACCUCUGCUCUAGCUUUGGUUUUUUCAGUGGCAGAAUAUUGUACACCAGUAUGGCUAAAUAGUGCACAUAAAAACAAAAUCGAUGUCCCCCUUAAUCAAACCAUGAGAAUAAUCACUGGAACAAUAACAUCCACCCCAGUGAGAUGGCUCACUACUUUGAGCAAUAUUGCUCCGCCAGAUCUACGCCGUAGAGCAGCAUUAGUGAGAGAGUACCAGAAAAUUGUAGCCAACGUACAAUUACCAAUACAUCAGAUAUACCACACAGCUCAAAAGAGCACAAGCGACUGACAUCUUGAAAUCCUCAAAUCAGAUCUGCACGAAAAAUUGCUGAUUCUUAUGAUAUACAUAGGCAAUGGUUAAUUGCAGAUUAUAUUCAGAUAUCCACCCCAAUUCAAGGUUUCAUCGGAUCAAAUCUGCCCCGGUCCACCUGGACGAGGAUUAAUCGCAUACAUACAUGAGACAUGGUAAAUGUGUUGAUUUGCUAUUCAAAUGGGGUCGUGCGGAAAGUCCACAGUGCGAUUGCGGAUCAUCUAGACUAGACUCUAGACCAGGGGUGGGCAAAUACUUUUAAGCGCGGGCCAAAAUGAAAUAUUCAAAAUGUCCCCGGGCCGGAGGACUAUACCCAGUAUGUACGCUAAUGUUUUUGGUGGAGGUUUUUCUCUGGCCAAGAAAUUUUUUUGACAAAAAUACGUUAAGUAUCAUUUUAAAGCAUUUGGAGAAAGACAUUUUUGACUGUUAAUAAUAAUAAUAAAUUGUCUUUCUGGUGUGUACAUGCGAAGAAUUUGUUCCCAGUAAAAUUACGAAAUUUUUAAUAUGGUCCAUUAUAUUAUUAAGCCAUAACAAGAAUCCAGAUAAAAAAUGAACUUCAGAAAUUUGAUCAAGAAUGGAGUAAUCAAGGGCAGCCUUUUUGAAGAUGAGAAAAUUUCUGAGGAACCAAAGACUCAAUCUGCAAAUCUGUUAUCGGAUGGUAAAAUGUUAUGUCAAGUCAACCAUCAUAGAUGAAAUUCAAAGGAGGCAACUGAUCUGGUAUUGUCAUGUACGACGUCAAUGGACGACGACAGGCUGCCAAAACAUAUUUUAAAAUGGACGCCAAGGAAAAAGAAGGAAGAAAGGAACGCCGAAACAAUCCUGGCUAGGCGGCAUUCAGAAGGCAAUGUCGGAAAGGAACCUUCACCCUGACGAAUGUAACGACGGACGAAGCUGGAAACUGGGAACCGAAAUCCGGGAUAAUAAUAAAAAUGUUAUGUCCACUCUAUUCUUCUUUAUUGGAUUGUUAAUGCUGACUUAAUGAAAAAGCUGCAAGCUUUUGACAUGUGGCUUUUUAGGGGAAUUUUGAAAAUACCAUGGACCGAUCAUAUUACGAACGAAAUGGUGUUGCACAGAAUGGAAAAGGAACAGAGAACUUUUGACCAUCAUUAAAAGUAGAAAGACAGCAAUGAGAAAGGGCACAUACUUAGAAAUGAUAACGCAAGUAAGUUGUUGCAGCAGCUGAUUAUGAAGGGUAAAAUCGAAGAAAAAGGGGUCCUAGAAGACGACAAAUACCUUGGCCGAAAAAUAAUCGCAAAUGGACCGGGUUAAACACACAGACGCUUUUAAGAAAAGCAGAAGAUAGAUAUUCAUUAUUUAUACGAACACUAAUACUGUUGAUUUCAGCAAAAUCGCAUAAAAGAGAUUGAGAGCGUAGGCGCAACAUUUCGGACCAAUGCUUUUUAAAUGCAUUCAUUUUUUUUUCGAAUCCUGAGAAAACUAAUAAAUAUUUUUGAAAAAUUACAUUAUUACCGAGAGCCCAAAGUCCCUUAGACUAAACAAAAAUUUUUUUGAAUGAUAUAUUUGAAAUUAAAAAUCAUACCAAAUUUUCUCUUUUUUUUUCACCUCUGUGAUAAACAUUAUAGAAGUUUUCAGGGACUUUCGGCCCUCAGUAAUAAUGUAAUAUUUCAUUCUGCGUUUAAAUUUUUCAAAAAUACUUAUUAGUUUUCUCAGGAUUCGAAAAAAAUGAAUGCCUUUAAAAAGCAUUGCGCCUACGCUCUUAACAAAUUGCUUGCGGGAUUUCUCAAUGGGCCGGAUAAAGUAAGCAAAAGGGCCGGAUCCGGCCCGCGGUCCGGCUUUUGCCCACCCCUGCUCUAGACAGACUAUAAGCCAUUGUGUGUCAGACUGCCCAAAUCGUGUCUACCGUGGAAACCUCCAAGACUUUGUGGAAUGUUCCCCAGAAGCAAUUGCAUGACUGUAAAUUAGACCUUAAUAUUUAGUUUCAUUCAUUCUAUUAGUGUUGCCAUAAUAUAUUUGUGUAUUUAUCGUACUGUAAAAGUCCAUACGCUAAAUAAAAAAUAUAUACCAUAAAA